AACACUACUUCCUGUUUAUAUUUGAGCAUGAUGUGAGUUACGUUGAGGCAUAAAUAUAACGUCGAAGUCGUGAUAAGUGGAGUUUGUAAAUAAAAUGAAUUUCUCAGAGUUGUUCAAGCAGUCCAACCACCUCUGUGGGUUUUCGCCCAAUGGAAAAUAUUUGGCCAGCGCUGUGCAAUUUAGGCUCGUCGUUAGAGAUGUGAAAUCCCUUCAGAUAUUGCAGUUGUUCACGUGUGCUGAUACUAUUCAGUACAUAGGGUGGGCACCAGACUCGUGUUUUCUUGUAGCUGGAAUGUUUAAGCGAGGCAUAGUGCAGGUGUGGUCAAUCGAUAAUCCAGAAUGGACGUGCAAGAUAGAUGAGGGUUCUGCAGGAUUGACAGAGGUUCAGUGGAGUCCUGAUAGCAGACAUCUUCUUACCACUGCCGAUUUUCAUUUGAGGAUAACAGUGUGGUCUCUCGUUAACAAAUCGGUGUCGUACAUGAAAUACCCAAAGAAGUCGAAGCCUGGGUUGUGUUUCACGCAUGAUGGCAAGUACAUGGCAUUAGCAGAACGACGUGACUGCAAGGACGUAAUCUCAAUAUUCGUCUGUAGUAGCUGGGAGCUAGUGAAGCAUUUUGAUGUGGCCACUGUUGACCUUGCUGGUAUAUCCUGGUCACCAGAUGGCAGAGUGCUUUGUGUUUGGGAGAGCCUUUUAGAGAAUAAGGUGUUGAUGUACUCUGUGGACGGGCGGUGCCUGUCUGAGUACAGCCCGUAUCGAGAUGCACUAGGAAUUAAGACACUGUCGUGGUCCCCAUCAAGCCAGUUUCUCGCCAUAGGAAGCUACGAUGAGAAGCUCAGAAUACUGAAUCAUAUCACGUGGAAGCCAGUUGCUGAGCAUUGUCAUCCAGGCGGCAUAGAAUCUCUCAAUGUGGUUGUAUAUAAGGAAGUGGAGAAAAAACCUCAGCUUAAGCGGCAUCAGUUGACUCUCCGUGAUGUUUCUCUGAGAGCACAGAGCAAAUAUGAGGUAAUAGAAGAGAGACCAGUCAAUGUCAAAACAGUAAAGCCAGUACCAGACAGUGUUAAUCCAAGACUAGGUGUGGGACUACUUUCUUGGAGUGCUGACAAUAAAUAUCUAGUCACGAGAAAUGAUAAUAUGCCGUGUACAUUGUGGAUCUGGGACUUAAUGAAACUGAAAUUAAUGGUUGCAUUAAUUCAUGCUCAUCCUGUUCGUGGAGCGGAGUGGGAGCCGACACAAUCAAGGUUGGCUGUGUGUACAGGCACGAACAAGCUGUACUUGUGGCAGCCAGCUGGUUGCGUGUCUGUGGAGGUACCAUCAGACGCUGCAUUCCAGGUGACCAGUCUGUCGUGGAGUCCGACUGGAGGAGCCAUAACGCUGAUAGGGAAGGAUCAGUUCUGUGUGGCUUACCUGACGGAUGAGGACGAGGAGGAAGAUACGUGAGCGAUGUCAUAUUUCGAAAAGAAAGGGAGUUGGUAUGCUUCCUAGAGCAGUGGCUAUAGUAGGCGUAGUGUUCAUUGACAUGACUGUCAGUUUAUCAUCUGAGAUUAGGUUGCAGAGUAUGAUCCAAUAGAUGUAGCCUACACUCUGUUGACCAGAUGUGCCAAAAUGUAAUUCUGCAUUUAAGCUACCUGUAUAGCUGUCUUUACUUCAGCGGUUGGUGAUAAUAAAGCAGCAGUAGUGAGUUUUAUAAAAUUUAAAUUAUUACACAUUUUUCUGUAACAUGGAUUUAAAGGUUCUAUGAUUAAAACAAGACACCUUGGCGAAUUAGUGCCUUAUCUCAUUAAUUCGUCGUCGCAAUGUGAAAGGGUUCCAUAAUAUCAUAAAUCUGUUUGUAUUCAGUGUUCACAAUUGAAUAGUAAUAUCACACCAGCUUAUUUUUGAUUAAAUAGUAUAAUCACGUAUUUUGAGUGCUUUUUGUUACAUGCAUCGAAUAUCUCAAACCAUAUCGUGUUGCUAAGCUUAUGAACGUAGGUCAUAAACCCUUAAAGUGCCUUGACUUGACAAAGUAGGUUGGUUACAUGUGAUAAAGGUCGUUCCAGUUAACAUGAGAUGUAUGAUGCUAGAAAUAUCUGAGGGUAUGGACUAUCUGUCCAUUCAUCAAGUUGGAAUCACUUGGUGUAAUAUCAUACUGUGUUUCGUUUGAUAUAAUCAGUGAUUAUUUUAUAUAUGCUAACUAGUAACUUAAUUAAAACGUAUGAAUAUUUUUUGUCUUUAUUUUGUUGUGGAAGUGUAUGUGGGGGGGGGGGGCUACUAUUGUCACGCAAUACCUUCUUGCGAACUAUAUUCAUUCCUAAUCAAUUAUCAUUAUUAGGAGAUAUCACUAACUUACAGUGUAUGUGAGUGAGUCGGUUGUAAUAAUUAUUUAAAUCUACAUGUAUUAUUAAAAUAUUUUCCCCCUACAAUGCUCCCGCUGUCAUUUGUAUACCAAAAUAAAUGGUGUUAUUUUAGCACAUAUUACUCCGUA